AUGCCUAAACAAUACAGUAGGGAGGUGGUGGUCGACUUCUGUCGGGCCAACCAGGUAGAGGUGGUGUGCCUGCCAGCGCACACCAGCCACUGGACGGUGUACGGUUCGUUGAAGGCGGCGUUCUCCCGUUUGGCACGGGAGAUGGGGUUGGUGCGAGGAGACCUGGUGCUGGGCAAGCGGCACUUUUCAGCGGUGCUCAAGUACGCGGUGGAGCAGGCCUGUACGCCCGACACCAUCAAGAGCGGGUUCCGCUCUACAGGCCUGUUCCCACUUGACAGGACAGCGGUGGACGACUCAAAGCUCGUCAAAGGCCUCCGGGAGCCAAACCAUCUCCCGUCCGAUAAAGACGAGAAUCCGGAGGACCUCCCUGAUGUCUCCACCGCUGAUGCCGCUGCCCACACCAGGUCUGCCACCACCUCCACCGCCAACUCUGGAACAGUCGUAGCCUCCUCCACCGCCGUAGAGUGCGCUCCAUCGCCCGUCUCGUCACCCUGGGGUCCCGCCGACCCUGCUGCCACCAUGAUCACCACCACCGUCCCGACGCCUUGCAGUCCCAACGCCUCCUCUUCCUCCACCACCACCGCCGUUGCCGCCCCCACCACCGGGCAGUGUCCCAACUGUCGCAGGUUCCCAAAUCCCCUGGUGUCGGCAGGUGUCAUCCCAGCAGGGCCCGUGCAGUAA